AUGGCACCGCCCCGGAUGAACAGCUCACCCAACCCAAACCAACCCAAAAAUGGCAAAACCCACCACGGCCACCAAGCAGAGAUAGAGAGAAGCGUAGGAGGGUGGGGUGACGGACCUGCACUGCAGCAGCUGCGUUGGCGCGCGACGAGGAAACCGCGGCCGCCGCCGCCGCGGGCGGCGGUGCGGUGGAGGCGGGGCCGGACACGCGGAUCUAGCGUCCUCCGCGCCUACCCCGUGUCUCCCCGCGGCGAGGGCGAGGGCGAGCAGAGCAGAGUUCCCGCGGCCGGUGGCGCCUGUGUCUUGCUUGUCGCUGUGAGGCAGCGCCGGCCGGACUGCGCUCAGUCGGCCGGGCCACGUCCGUACCGUCAGAGACAGAGCCGCCGGGCACCGGUUGCAGUAGGCCGGAGGUAUGGGGCGGAGCCCAGCAGGGUGGCACCGGCGAGACCGAGAUCGUGGCGCUGUGCUGUGCUGUGGUGGUGUGGUGUGGUAGAGCGUGGAGGGGGGAGACAGGGCGACAAUGGCAGCUACCGUGAGUGGGGAGGGACUAGGGAGGGAUGGGGAGGGGAGGCAAAUGGCAACUUGGCCAAGGGUCCGGUGACUGGUGAGGGAGGGAAGGGAGGCAGGGCGCGAUGGGCACACGGCACACGCGGACGGACGGACGGGAGGGGAGGGUGGAGCAGCGAGGCGAGGCGAGGAGCUGGCUGCCUGUGGGUUGAGUAG